GUUGGUGUCAGCUGAUUUACUGCAGCAGCGGCGGCAACGGCACCUUGCAUCCAGGGCUGAGGUGGCCGGUCCCCAGGUCUACCUCCCCUCGGGAUCCCCGAGAUCCCCACCCUCACUCCCCCGCCGGACACCUCCCGGCCUUGCCCUCCUUCGUCCUGUGCCCACGGGUGACCUGUCGGGCUAGAUCGCGGCAGGAGAUGAAGCUGUGACAGAUUUGGAAACACAAUGGCAGCAAACAGCCUUGUUCUACCCAUUGUUCUUUGGGGCCGCAAAGCACCAACACAUUGCAUCUCUGCAGUACUUUUAACAGAUGAUGGAGCCACUAUCGUAACUGGAUGCCAUGACGGACAAAUAUGUCUUUGGGACCUUUCAGCAGAAUUGAAAGUUAACCCUCGAGCACUGUUGUUUGGCCAUACAGCUUCAAUCACUUGUUUGUCCAAAGCUUGUGCUUCUCGUGACAAACAGUAUAUAGUCAGUGCAUCUGAAAGUGGAGAGAUGUGUCUCUGGGAUGUGAAUGAUGGGAGGUGCAUUGAAUUUACAAAAUUAGCCUGCACACAUACUGGCAUACAGUUCUACCAGUUCUCUGUUGGAAAUCACCGAGAAGGAAGGCUUUUAUGCCAUGGCCAUUAUCCUGAAAUCCUCGUUGUGGAUGCCACCAGCCUUGAGGUGUUGUACUCCUUGGUAUCAAAGAUAUCGCCUGACUGGAUUAGCUCCAUGAGUAUUAUUCAAUCUCACCGGACACAAGAGGACACUGUGGUGGCGCUCUCAGUCACCGGCAUCCUGAAGGUGUGGAUUGUCACCUCUGAAACAAGUGACACGCAGGAUACUGAGCCAAUAUUUGAGGAGGAGUCCAAACCAAUUUAUUGUCAGAAUUGCCAAAGCAUCUCUUUUUGUUCAUUUACACAAAGAUCCCUUUUGGUUGUGUGCUCCAAAUAUUGGAGGGUGUUUGAUGCUGGGGACUAUUCCCUGUUGUGUUCGGGUCCUAGUGAGAACGGGCAGACAUGGACCGGAGGUGACUUUGUGUCAGCAGACAAAGUGAUCAUUUGGACUGAAAGUGGGCAAAGUUAUAUUUACAAGCUCCCUGCCAGUUGCCUUCCAGCUAGUGGUUCAUUCCGCAGUGAUGUGGGAAAAGCAGUUGAAAACCUCAUACCUCCUGUGCAACAUCGCCUCUUGGAUCGAACAGAUAAAGAGUUGCUGAUUUGUCCUCCUGUGACUCGGUUUUUCUAUGGAGGCAAGGAGUACUCACAUAAACUCUUAGUUCAGGGUGAUUCUUCUGGAAGAUUGAAUAUUUGGAAUGUAUCAGACACACCUGAUGAACCAGAAGCUGGUGAAGGCAAAGUCUCCACAGGGCUGGAAAUGGCAAUGUCCCUCAGUCUGCAAGAAGCAUUUGAUAAAUUGAAUCCUUGUCCUGCUGGAAUAAUAGAUCAACUGAGUGUGAUUUCCAGUAGCAAUGAGCCUCUGAAAGUGACCGCAAGUGUGUACAUACCAGCGCAUGGCCGGCUUGUCUGUGGCCGAGAGGACGGGAGCAUCGUCAUUGUCCCAGCCACUCAGACCGCCAUAGUGCAGUUGCUCCAAGGGGAGCAUAUGCUCAGGAGAGGUUGGCCACCUCACAGGACACUUCGUGGUCAUCGGAACAAAGUCACGUGUUUACUGUAUCCUCAUCAGGUGUCCCCACGUUAUGACCAGAGAUACCUGAUAUCUGGAGGGGUAGAUUUCUCCGUCAUAAUCUGGGACAUAUUUUCUGGAGAAAUGAAGCAUAUCUUCUGUGUGCAUGGUGGUGAGAUCACCCAGCUCCUUGUCCCACCGGAAAACUGUAGUGCAAGAGUGCAACACUGCAUCUGCUCCGUAGCCAGUGACCACUCAGUUGGACUUCUAAGUUUGCGAGAGAAAAAAUGCAUCAUGCUGGCUUCUCGCCAUCUUUUCCCUAUUCAAGUGAUCAAGUGGAGGCCUUCUGAUGAUUACCUCGUAGUGGGAUGCUCAGAUGGCUCUGUGUACGUCUGGCAAAUGGAUACUGGUGCACUGGAUCGUUGUGUGAUGGGGAUAACGGCAGUGGAGAUUCUGAACGCUUGCGAUGAAGCUGUUCCUGCUGCAGUGGACUCCCUCAGUCAUCCAGCAGUCAACCUAAAGCAAGCGAUGACAAGACGGAGCCUUGCCGCUCUGAAAAACAUGGCCCAUCAUAAGCUCCAAACCCUUGCAACUAACCUCUUGGCCUCAGAGGCAUCUGACAAAGGAAAUUUACCUAAAUACUCACACAACUCCCUCAUGGUUCAGGCAAUAAAGACAAACUUAACAGACCCGGACAUACAUGUGCUUUUCUUUGAUGUGGAAGCGUUGAUUAUUCAACUCCUGACGGAAGAAGCCUCUAGGCCGAAUACGGCGCUUAUUUCCCCUGAGAACUUGCAGAAAGCACCUGGCAGUUCAGACAAAGGGGGCUCUUUUCUAACUGGAAAACGAGCAGCAGUUCUCUUCCAACAAGUGAAAGAAACUAUCAAAGAGAACAUAAAAGAGCAUCUCCUUGAUGAUGAAGAGGAGGAUGAGGAGACAAUGCGGCAGAGGAGAGAAGAAAGCGAUCCUGAGUAUCGGGCCAGCAAAUCGAAGCCAUUGACCCUACUAGAAUACAAUUUAACGAUGGACACUGCGAAACUAUUCAUGUCUUGCCUUCACGCCUGGGGUUUGAAUGAUGUUCUGGAUGAAGUUUGCCUGGAUCGCCUGGGGAUGCUCAAACCCCACUGUACAGUGUCCUUUGGGCUCCUCUCCAGAGGGGGUCACAUGUCACUGAUGCUUCCUGGUUAUAAUCAAGCUGCUUGUAAACUCCCACCGGAAAAAGCAGAAGUAGGCAAGAAAGCAGCAGCAGUGGAGGGAGUAGGAAAAGGAACAUAUGGAGUGUCCCGGGCAGUCACCACACAGCAUCUCCUGUCUGUCAUUUCUUUGGCAAAUACCUUAAUGAGCAUGACCAAUGCCACGUUCAUUGGUGAUCACAUGAAGAAGGGCCCUACCAGGCCACCGAGACCAAACACCCCAGACCUUUCUAAGGUGAGGGGUUCCCCUCCACCUUCCAGUAACAUUGUGCAAGGACAAAUUAAACAAGUUGCCGCACCUGUCGUUUCCGCUCGGUCUGAAGCUGAUCACUCUGCCUCUGACCCUACUUCUACUCCUGCUUUACAUUCCUGUUUCUUAGUAAACGAAGGAUGGAGCCAGCUGGCUGCCAUGCACUGUGUUAUGCUUCCUGACCUACUGGGAUUGGAUAAAUUCAGGCCUCCACUGCUGGAGAUGCUGGCUCGGAGAUGGCAAGACCGGUGUUUAGAGGUUAGAGAAGCUGCACAAGCUCUGCUUCUAGCAGAACUAAGAAGAAUUGAGCAGGCGGGAAGAAAGGAGGCCAUUGAUACAUGGGCUCCAUAUUUACCUCAGUAUAUGGACCAUGUCAUAUCACCUGGAGUUUCUGCAGAAGCCAUGCAGACUAUCAGCACUGCUCCAGAUGCCUCAGGGCCAGAGGCCAAAGUUCAGGAGGAAGAGCAUGACCUUGUAGAUGAUGACAUCACAACUGGGUGCUUACCAAGUGUUCCACAAAUGAAAAAAAUUUCCACAUCUUAUGAGGAGAGACGAAAGCAAGCUACUGCAAUUGUUUUACUAGGAGUCAUUGGAGCUGAAUUUGGUGCUGAAAUUGAACCUCCUAAACUGUUGACCAGACCUCGAAGCUCCAGUCAGAUUCCAGAGGGAUUUGGUUUGACUAGUGGAGGAUCGAACUACUCACUGGCCAGACAUACUUGUAAGGCACUGACAUUUCUUCUGCUACAGCCGCCUAGCCCCAAACUCCCUCCCCACAGUACUAUCCGAAGAACAGCCAUCGAUCUGAUUGGCCGUGGCUUCACGGUGUGGGAGCCCUACAUGGACGUGUCUGCAGUCCUAAUGGGGCUUCUCGAACUCUGUGCUGAUGCGGAGAAGCAGCUUGCCAACAUCACAAUGGGGCUGCCCCUGAGCCCAGCAGCUGACUCCGCCCGAUCUGCUAGGCAUGCCCUCUCCCUCAUUGCCACAGCCAGACCACCCGCCUUCAUCACCACUAUAGCCAAAGAGGUACACAGACAUACUGCUCUCGCAGCUAAUACCCAGUCACAGCAGAACAUACACACCACAACUCUUGCACGAGCUAAAGGGGAGAUUCUGAGAGUCAUUGAAAUUCUAAUUGAAAAGAUGCCCACAGAUGUUGUGGAUCUUCUCGUAGAGGUCAUGGACAUCAUUAUGUACUGCCUUGAAGGAUCUUUGGUUAAAAAGAAGGGUCUUCAAGAAUGUUUCCCAGCCAUCUGCAGGUUCUACAUGGUCAGCUAUUAUGAGCGGAAUCACAGAAUAGCAGUUGGAGCUCGCCAUGGUUCAGUGGCCCUGUACGACAUCCGGACUGGAAAAUGUCAGACAAUCCAUGGACACAAGGGACCGAUCACUGCAGUGUCCUUUGCUCCUGAUGGACGAUAUCUUGCCACCUACUCCAACACUGACAGCCACAUUUCCUUCUGGCAGAUGAAUACCUCACUGUUGGGGAGCAUUGGCAUGCUGAAUUCAGCCCCUCAGCUGCGCUGUAUCAAAACCUACCAGGUGCCCCCAGUGCAGCCAGCCUCGCCUGGCUCCCACAACGCCCUGAGACUGGCCCGGCUCAUCUGGACUUCCAACCGCAAUGUCAUCCUGAUGGCCCAUGACGGCAAGGAGCACCGCUUCAUGGUCUAGUGCCAGCAGCCCCGACUGUGCCUCCUUUCCCUCAGUUCUUCAAGCCAAGACUCCUUGCCCUCCUGGCACCCCAGGACGCACAGCGUGGCCUGGGUCAUUUCUGCAAGGCUCUCAGGGUGGGGGUGGACCUGUGCCACCUAUUGAUUUGGAGGCGUGCACACACCACUCCUCAGGAUGUGGCUGCUGUUCUGUCACUGGGUCAUUUUCCCCCUUUCUUUCUUUCCCUGCCAGAGAGGGAGUGGGAGGGAUAGCCAGCGGUCCCUGAGCCCGUUCCUGUUGCUUGGUGGACCAAAGCCCGAAAAUCAAUAAACACUGUGAUUGCACUGCAGCCCAGAUCAGCAUUUUGCUCAAGCUAAAGCCCACCUUGCAAGUACUGCUUGAACCUGCCUGUUUUGACAGGGAGCUUUGAGGUAACAUGGCUGUCCUAAUUAUAAAAAUUACUUUCCUUGGAAUAUCCUAAAACAUUCUGUUGUUUACUGAAAGGAUUCUGUGUUUACAUGAUUUUUUUUUUCCUUCCAGGGAUUAUGGUCUAGCCACUUCCUUCUUAGUGAACACCUAUCCAGUUUGAAAUUAAUAAGAAAUUAUACCAAAAAAAUUUCCUUGUGGAGAAUAGUUCCCCUAGAAACCUAGCCUUCUAAAAUGCUUGUGUCCUGCUUAAGUGUUAGUGUAUUUAGUGGUUCAAAAACAAAUUAUCACUACUUCUGAUCUAGUUAAUAGAAUUAUACCAGUUACUAUGACUAAUCUCGGCAGUGAGCUUCUGUAGUAAGGAACCAAGUUUGGAGAGUAGUGUACAUGUAAAAGGAAGACUCUUGCGUUUGUUGCUAUAGACCUUUGUACUUAAGAAAGAGCUUACCCCUUUUUUCCUGAAACUCUACAAAUCCGCAGUUCCCAUAUGUGCAGCCUGCAUCAGUUAUCAUGCAAUAGUCACAGUUCAGCCUGCAAACCCUACUAAUCAAUUAAAGCAAAAUGAAGCAGCAUUCCUUUCAAACAGAUAUCCUAGGAAAACUAGUGAACAAUGUCACAAGCAUUCAGGAGUGUAUAUAAAAAUGUGAGGGCUUUUAGUUAAUUGAGUAAACGUUGCAAUGAGGGUGUUCAUCAUGCUUCAAGUAAGCAUUAGCUAGCUAGCUUCCUUCUUAUGUUGAAUUAUGCUGGCUGUCGCGCCCAGUAAUGGGAAAAUGCAUGAAGUAAUGUUCUGUAUGAGCUGCUCCUCACAGACCUCGCUCUCCAGGCAGUUGGGGAUUUGGUUGGUUGAUUGCUGACUGGUUGGGCCAAGUGGUUUUUGAAAUGCAGAAACUCAAAGACAAAUGUGAAGUUUUCAAAGGAACCAAAAAUAAUGGUCAGUUUUAUUUAAAAAGCAUUUAUGGUUAGAGUUUAUGUGAUAGGGGAAAAAAAAAAAAUAAGAAUCCCAGUCCAGGAACAAAUCCAUCUGUUAUUUUACUGAAACAGAAGUUAGGAUCCUUAGACAGUCUCUUUAUUUAUAGGAAGUAUGUCAUUUCCAUUGAUGGCAAAACCUGUAUUGUUGCUUGGUUUUAGAUGCUGGGUGUUCUCUCAAAAGUGAAUUUCUGUCACAUGCAUGUAUGUUGUAUUUAUAAAGAGUAUAUCUGUAGUUUCCAGGAAGAAUACAGAACUGUACAGUAUAGACUUUGGUGAACACACUCUUGUGUUUGGCACUGAUAGAGAAACCUGAGAUAAGCAAAAGAUGAGCUGGGGUUUCCAAGUGGGCUCUCCAGUCUGCUUGAUACCUGGCACAUGUUUACUUUAUUAACCUAAAGAUGUGGGAGGGGGUGGGGGUUCAUUUAUUCUAGACUACAGUGCUGUUUUGGAAUAAAGUACAAUUUUUGAAGUACAACUACAGCUUAGAGAUUUUUGUUGUAAGCAGAAUGUUUGCUGAGCCAGGAGAAAGGUGGGAGAUAGUAGGCAGACCAUCACAGAGCACAGUGGCAUGCUCCAGGCUAUUGAGAACAAAGUGGGGGGUGUGAGGGGUGGCAGGGAAUUAGUAGGUAUGAACCAGCUCCUCACAACUUCUGUCUGCACAGCCAGCACCACUUAUUCAGCCAACAGAAUAUUAUGACUGCAAAAGCCAGGGGCAAGUGAUAUUUGAUGGUUAGACAUCUCUAACUGCUAUACUAACAUUUGCAUUCUUGUUAACGCACAUCUCUCUGUGACUGGACAAUCACAGCUCCCCUACUUCCACCAAGCUUAGAUUUCUCAGCACUGAGCUCUAUACUUUGUACUGUCAUCACUGCAUACAGUUUUUGCAUUUUAUUAAUUUCCUUGGCACUGUAUUUGGACCUACCCUUGUAAAUGUAAGGACAUAUGUGGCUUCACUAGUAAUUUACAGGCAAAAGUUGACAUGAUGUGACUCCUGUAUGAAACUGUAAUGAUUGAACCAUUGUAGAUAGCGAGUGAAUUAAAAUGUCUGCCUCUCAGUGCACUUUCUUGAUGAUUCCAUUUAAUAGACUCUAUAUGUGCUGGAUGUUCUUGUGUACAUAUGUGUGUUAAAUAAAACUGAAUUGUACUGAA